AUGGAUGAGUAUGAUGAGUUUGGAAAUCCGGUAGAGAAUGAACAGACAUCUCUUGCGGUGAAACCAGAGGAUACUGAACCUCUAGUGGAACAAGAGCCGGUUGAUAAUGAAGGUGAUGAUCACGGUGAUGAUGAACAAGAAGUGAACAGGAACCAAGAACAGGCGCUAGUACCGUUGCAAGAUGCAUAUGGUGAUGAUGUGGAAGUGUUAGUGGAGACCGAAGACAACCAAGAUGCUGACGUACCACUUGUAGAAGUUGCGAGGGAACAUGAGAAAGGUCCUGACUACUCAGUAUUCACACAUUUGAAAAAGCAUGUUCCUAGAGCAGCAUACGAUAGAGAUUACAUGUUGGGUAUGUUAGAAGCUCCAGAAAGGAUAAGAAAUGUAGCUGUUGUGGGCCCAUUGCAUUCUGGUAAGACUAGUCUAGUGGAUUUAUUGGUAAUGGAAUCGCAUCAAAAUCUGCCGCAUAUGAGUCGUAGAAAUCAACUGGGCUGGAGUCAGAUGAGAUAUAUGGAUAAUACGAAAUUAGAGAUUGAGCGUGGAUUAUCUUUGAAAAGUAACGGUAUCACAUUCCUUGGUUUUGAUUUGGAUACUAUAUCUUUUCCCAUAAAUUUGUUAGAUGCUCCAGGACAUGUGAACUUUAUGGAUGAGACAGCAGUGUGUUUACAAGCUGUAGAUUGUGCACUAAUUUGCAUAGAUGUUGUAGAAGGUGUUACUUCUGUGGUAGAGAACUUGAUCAAGUACUGUCAACGAAGUGGAUUGGCUAUGGUAUUUGUUUUGAAUAAAUUGGAUAGAUUGAUCUUAGAGCUAAAACUGCCACCUCUAGAUUCAUUUUUGAAGCUAAUGCAUAUUGUUGACCAAAUUAAUCAUUUUACGGUGGAUAAGUUUUCACCAGAACUAGGCAAUGUAAUAUUUGCCUCAUCUAAAUUGGGAUUUUCAUUCACUAUUCAAGAGUUCAUACUAUAUUACUAUAGUCCAAAGCUUCCGGCGGAGAAAUUACAAGGAUUCAUUGAACGUAUGUGGGGGGAUAUUUAUUUCGCAGAUGGUAAAUUUAGCUCUACUCCAAGGCCCUCAAAAAAUCCGACAUUCGUGGAAUUCAUAUUACUGCCAAUUUACAAAAUUAUCACACAUACUCUUUCAAAUGAUACACAGGAGUUACAAAAUAUCUUGAGACGGAAUUUCGGAGUUCAUUUACGUUCAGAAUUCUUCAAAUAUGAUCCCCUGCCGUUGUUAAAGCAUGUUUUAGAACUGGUCUUCAGGAAACAGACUGGGUUGAUUCAUGCAUUAGUUCAUAACUGCGAUCCCAUUGCAACCACAUCUGUUAAGCUAUCUCAAUCUUUACAGAGUCCAAUUGAAGAUGAUCAAAUUUUCUUGGCACAUGCACUCAAGACUAUGGAUUAUGGCGGUUCCGAAUGGGCGCUAGUUCGUAUUUACAGAGGUCAACUGACACGAGGUAUGCAAGUGAAUGUCAUAGAUUCAAGCCUUACAGUUAGCGGUAAUGACCAGGAUGAAGAAUAUGAACAGUGUAAGAUUGAACAAUUGGCUCUUAUGGGUGGUAGGUAUAUCUUCCCCGUGGUACAAGCGUCAGUGGGUCAGCUCGUUCUAGUCAAGGGCCUAUCAGAUGCAUUUACGAAAUCUUCUACUUUAUACUUGGGGCCCAACACCCAGUUACCGCUGUUUAAACCAAUUGAUUACAUCAAUGAACCAGUGGCAAGAGUUGUCAUACAACCUCUGCAUCCAAAGGAACUUCCCAAACUGCUGAGCGGUUUAAAUAAAGUUAGCAAAUAUUAUCCCGGUGUUGUGGUCAAAGUGGAGGAAUCUGGUGAGCAUGUAAUAUUGGGUUGUGGUGAAUUGUACUUGGAUUCUUUGCUGUACGACUUGAGAAAUAACUACUCAAAGAUGGAAAUCAAAAUUUCGGAUCCAUUAACUGUAUUUGCAGAGAGUUGUGCAGGUGAAUCCUUUGCUGCCAUUCCUGUAAAUUCAAUCAAUGGCACUGUAUCCAUAAGCGUGGGUGCGGAACCUUUGACUCCUAAACUAGUUGACGAUCUAUCUCAAAACAAGAUUGCUUCGGAUGUGUUUGCGAAUAACAGAAAGUUAUCUAAAAUGCUAAGGUCCGAAUACGGCUGGGAUUCCUUAGCCGCCAGGAACGUUUGGUCCUUCCAGGAUGCAAACGUCUUUGUCGAUGACACUUUACCUAAUGAAACUGAUAAAGAAAUUUUGUUACGUUGCAGACCACAGUUAAACCAGGGUUUUAAAUGGGUGAUUAGAGAGGGUCCAUUGGCCAACGAACCAAUUCAUGGUGUUCACUUCAAAUUGUUGUCGGCCGAAAAUUUAGAGAAAGUCUCAGGAGGUGGUCAAUUAAUCCCUAUGGUACGUAGAGCAUGUUACAUUGCUCUAUUAACUGCUACCCCAAUACUAUUAGAACCCAUCUACGAGGUGGACGUCAUAGUGCAUCUCAAACUAUUAUCAAUUAUCGAAGAAUUAUUUGCGAAACGAAGAGGUGGAAGAAUCUAUAAGACUAGUAACAUAGCAGGGUCGCCAUUGAUGGAAAUUAGAGGGCAGUUGCCAGUAAUUGAAUCCGUCGGGUUUGAGACAGAUCUAAGACUAUCUACGAUGGGGGCCGGUAUGUGCCAAAUGCAUUUCUGUAAAAAGAUCUGGCGAAAGGUCCCAGGUGAUGUAAUGGACGAACAAGCAGUCAUAUCAAAGCUAAAACCAUCGCCAAUUGGCAGUUUAAGUCGAGAUUUUGUCAUGAAGACGAGACGCCGUAAAGGUAUAUCUAAUAGCGGCUUCAUGUCAAAUGAUGGACCCUCAUUGGCCAAAUACAUCGAACCAGAAUUGUACACAAGACUAAAAGAAAAUGGACUGGUAUAA